GUUUUGAACGCGUAAAGCAGUUGAACUUCAAUUCACGCAAUCUUUUUAGUAUAGUACAUGACGGAUUGUUAUCAUUCUUUUUAAUAAAGCUAAUCACUCCAUACACAUCAUAACAGUCAAAAAUGAGUUUAAAGAAGGGAGAAGUUAAUCUCGGUACAUCUAUUAUGGCAGUCGUCUAUAAAGACGGUGUCAUCCUUGGCGCUGACUCACGUACAACUACCGGUGCUUAUAUUGCAAACAGAGUGACAGACAAAUUAACCAAAGUUCAUGAUAAAAUUUAUUGUUGUCGAUCCGGAUCUGCUGCUGAUACCCAAGCUGUGGCAGAUAUCGUUCAUUAUUACCUUCAAAUGUACAGUGUUUCUGAGAAUGAAGCACCUACCGUUCAUACAGCUUCGGCUUUAUUCCAAGAAUUAUGUUAUCAAAAUAAAGAUGGAUUAAUGGCUGGUAUUAUUGUUGCCGGUUGGGAUGAUGUAGAUGGUCCAUCAGUAUAUAAUAUUCCCUUAGGCGGCUCCCUACAUAAAGCACCAUUUGCUAUUGGCGGUUCUGGUUCAACGUAUAUUUAUGGUUAUUGUGAUUCAAAAUACAAAGAUAAUAUGACUCGCGAAGAAUGUGAAGAAUUCGUAAAAAACUCUUUAUCAUUAGCAAUGUCGCGUGAUGGUUCUUCAGGUGGUGUUAUUCGUUUGGCUGUUAUCACUAAAGAUGGUGUUGAAAGAUUAUUUGUUCCUGGAAAUGAAUUACCUGUUCAUUGGGAAGGCUAAAAUUGAUUGAAUGUUGGACUAUAUAUAUACAUAUAUAUUAGACGGCCAUGUCUAAAAAAUAAACAUAAAAUCUUAUGUCGAAUAUCCCAUCUGUAUAUUGUGAAUGAGAG